CUGCCAGUGGACGACUUCUCAGUUGCUUGCAAGUGUGAUGACGACUCCGCAGCCUUACCUAUAGAAUACGACGGAACGCGCGCGCAGAGUAUAAACAUUGAGGAAGCUGCUAUAGGAAAAGUACAAUCGAAGUAGACCUGUGGUCCCGUCGUGCAGUUUAGUGUCUCGUCAGAGUGGUGGUGAUUACAUUAUUUCACACAGUGUGACGACCGAUGCAUUUUCACAGCCUACUGUAAAGUGGUCGAUUCCGUGGAAAUAGAGGCAGGGAGCGAUAGUGUGAUAAAUAGUGGCUCAUUGUGAUCUCGCGGUUUUGUUGGGCAUUCUUAUGUACUACUCGGUGGAUAUCUAAGGGAUGAAAUGGAGGAAAACGAUUUCGCUGAUAUCAUGGUCAUCCACCGAAGACUACAGUUGGGUUCCAACUGGCAUCGUGUCGGGUGGCAGUAGCACCUUACAAAUUGGCAUCCACCGUCGGAUGCUGGAAAACUAGUCAUCGCUAGCCAGGCUAGUGCGGGUGGGAAAAACACGAUCGGAUCGUUCGGUUUGUGUCUAUUUUUAUCUCGCGAAGGAAAAACAAGAUCAGCGAUCUGCCCUCGGGUCGGAGAUUGAGAGAAAAGUGCACCUCGAGGAAGAUCACGUUCUAAUGCGUGCCACAUCGUGGCACACUUUAUGAUCUGGCUACAAAGUGCGACUUUUGGCGGCGGUGUAAAUUUCUUCCCGCAACUAUUUCGGUAAACAAUCGAGAGCUGUGCUCGGGAACGGAUCCAAUGUUUCUGGUGUAAAAAGAGGGGACGAAUCCAUUCAGAAUUUGACUGGAAGUGAACCACGAAAGACGCAACCGUGAACGAAGACGAAAACGACGCACAACCUGUGGAUCAAAGUGGAAAACGCGGAAACGUGAAAAAGAUUGUAUUUCUUCUGUUUUGUUCAAGUGCGUGCGUGUGUUUGUGAGUAGAAGACUAACUGGAAAAGGAAACACAAAGGACCAACAGGCAACAUCGAGGGACCACCACCUACUACCAUACCACCUUGCUAAGUGGAUGAGAAGCGCAGUCAAAGGAAAACACUGCCAAUCAUCGUUGAUAGGUUCGGAAGACCUACCCAUUCAGUCUCGUUGAGCACGGUAUGAUACGUUGCCCAUACCUUCAUGAGAUGCAUGAACGUUUACUGGGACCAACACCGCGCCGACCAAUCCAGAUAGCCAAUCUGCCACCGUUGGCCAAGCCGGAGAAUACGAACAUCAUGGACCGCGAGAGCGACUGCCUGCUUGAGAGCAGGCCAGAGAGCCGACAAAUCGGAACGAUGGUUAAGCUAAACCCCGACGGAUUCGGUUCGCACACCACCCCGACACAUCACAAAUCACCGCUAGUGCCUUGCAAUGGAACCGACGACGACGACGAUGACCAUUGCGACGAAGACGACGCCGUUGGGAUCAGCGUUACAGAUUCCGACGACGACGGAAUCUACCUGCGGCGGCACAUUCGAAAAAUCAUCGAGGGACGGAAGCCAAAGAAUGCCAACUCUUUAUGGAUGCCCUAUUGGCAGCCGAUCAGUGCCAAGCGGGAGAAGAAGCGUCGCAGAAGGACGUCCCUCUUCAUCGUAACUAGUCUAGUCUACGCCAUGCUACUGAUAGUGGUCUGCGUCGCGUACGUAAUCAGCGACGUCACGACCCACCGACUACCCGUCAUCUACUACGAAGGAUUCUUCACCUACCUGUACGGGGCGAGUAUCCUGUUCCUGUUGUAUGUGUUCUGUUUCCUGCUGCAAGAGAGUUCUUGCUGCAACUCGAAACCAAAACCACCGAAAGAAAAGAAACCAAAGAAGGAGAAAAAGCCAAAGAAGGGCGACCCGGAAGCCGGCGGGAAGGAAGCUUCCGGCAAGGAUGGGGCCAAAGAUGCCGGAAAGGAUUCCGGCAAGGACAGCGGCGGCAAAGGAGGAAAGGAGGAAAAGUCCGGCAAGGGAUCGCAAACGGGGAAACCCAGUCCCUAUCAGGAAGUGUACCCGAAGAAGAAACGGGAUCUGGUGCGGGAAUCUCAGCGGCGAUUGGCUGGUAGUAGUAGCGCUAGUCCUAGUAGAAGUGGCCAGCAGCAGCAACGGACUGCCGGUCGACCGCACCAGGAACCUACACCGGACCCGGAAGUUGCCCUCUCACCACGAUGCAAACGGAAAACCACUCAAGACCCUGCCCACGGAAGUUUCUUCCUUCGUGUUGGAGCUAUUGCAUUCGGAUUGGGCACCAUGAUCUACACUGGACUGGAGUUUGGAUCGUUCUUUGAGAUUCCUUUCACUUCCCCGUGUCAUCAGAUUCUUCGUGGAGUGAAUCCCUUACUGCAGAUGAUCUUCACCUUCAUGCAGAUGUACUUCAUCUUCAUGAAUGCUCGGCUCAACAUCCACCGUUUCAAAGUGUUGGCCCGCUUUGGCUUGAUGCACAUUGUAGCCACGAACGUGUGCGUCUGGAUUCGUACCUUGGUGCUGGAAUCGCUGAAAGAGAUUACUGCCUACCACCAACGCCGUGGUCCUGAGCCGGAAGACAACGCAAUCCUGGAGAAUAUCCGCCAGCACACCCUCAAGAACGCCGGAAUGGUCAUGGGAACAGAACUGGGACCACGGGAAGACACUGAAUGGGAACCCAUCAGCGUGAACCUCAACGCUCACGAGGACCUGUCCCAAGAAACCAGUGUUCUCUCCAAAAUGGUACAGAACACUGCCAAGACUCUGGUGGAUGCAGUCACCACCGCUCGUGCAAUGACCUCUUCUUCCUCGUCGACAACCUCCACCAGCACAUCUACCACAACUACAACCACUGCGGAACCAAUCACAUCCACCAUAUCAACAACCGCAGCCAAUUUGUACGAACGACUUCGCGACAUUGUGGCCACGGAAAGUUCAACCAGUUCAUCAACAGCGGAAACGGCCGAUUUCGAAUCCUUCACCACCACCCAAUCGACAACGACCUCCACCGAGGGCCCGGCUUUCCUCGAUCGCUUCAUCGAUCACGUUGACUAUCUCCAGCGGAACAACAGCCUGGAGCGGGCCUACGAAUCGCUGGAGAGCUUGUUCCCGGAACCUUUCGUAGCCGCAUCGACGGCCGUAUCGGCCAACGGUACGGCAGUGAGCUGCGGCCGCGUCAAUAUCAUGGGAACCAUCGUGCAGGACUCCGCUCCGUACCUGUAUCCAUUCAUCAUCGAGUACUCGCUGAUCGGUGCUGCCGUGAUCUACGUCAUGUGGAAGCACAUUGGACGCUAUCCGAAGUUCACCAACGAAGAAGAUCUGGAGCACCGCUUGGAGGUUAUGUUGUCGCGCCGUGCCGUGGUGAUGGCUCAACAGGCUCGCACCGGACGUGUGGAUUGCGUUGGGGCAUCGAAGGGGCUGUUCUUUGGACUGCUGCUGCUGGUUGGAUCGUUGAUCUGUCUGAUUUUGUUCUUCGUGCUGGUUAGACAUCCGCAGCUUUCGCUGCUGGCGAUCUACUUGGGCGAUGCUUCGCACUGCAUUCUGAUGGUUCUCGCUGUUUUCGCUAUCAUCAUUGGAUUCAUUCGCGUCCAAAAUCUGAAGUUCCGCUGCGAGGAGCAGAGCAACCUGAACGACAUCCUGCUACGUAUCUCCGCCUUCGGACUGUUCAUCUACGCCACCUUCAGCGUCAUUGCCGGCUCGCUAAAUUUCCUGGACAGUGAACCGAACCUGCUCGUCAUGGUCACCGGCAUCGUUGCCAUCCUGCAGGUCGUCCUCCAGCUGCUGUUCAUUGCGGACGUGUCGCGCCGUCGGGUCCACCUGCCGGAGCACGAUCGCGUCAAACCGGGCCGCCAGAUUGUCACAUUCCUGCUGAUUUGCAACGUUUCCAUGUUCGCCAUCUACACGUUCGAGGCGCAAAAAGUCUUCGCCAAUCCGGUUCAAUUGGACUUCUACGGCUUUAUCGCUUGGUCGUUGAUCCAGCGCGUCACUCUGCCGCUGUGCAUCUUCCAUCGGUUCCACAGCGCAGUCACGCUAGCCGAAGUCUGGAAGACGACGUACAAGGCCCGACUGGAGUAAGCGCCUACUACCACUACUACUACAGGAACGGAGUAGGCGACGGCGAAGGCGAAAACGCACAGCUCCAUCGUAGCAACCCGAAAGAGAGAUCGAUGGCGCUCACUCUCACACGUACACACACACUCUCUCAUAACACAUAGCAGUAAGCGAACGAGAUCACCCGAUAGCGAAAGCACCCGAAAGCGUUGACAGUAGGAGAUGGAAAUGUGUUCCGGAGUGAGUGCUGUUUUGUGUUUUAUAGGGUUAGGUUUUGUGACAGAAAAGCAAAGUUUUUUUCGUAGAGUUUUAUUUGGUCACAGCAAUUUGAAAGGGGUUUGAUUAACUUAUUGAGUUCGUUUAGUUCGAUAAGCUAGUGAAAACAUAUGUGCGUUAUUUGCAACUGUAUAUGAGUCAAGUAUUUAUUUAUCGCAUAAUCUGUAAGCCAAACAAAGGAUGUAAGUUUUUCCCAUGAGUUCUUAUACGAUAACGAAAACUAGUAAAGAAGUGAGAUCCCUUCAGCUGCUCGCAAGAGAAAAUAGAUACAAGUUUGAGCCAUACUUUCAUCAAGUUGUAAUAGAGUGAAUCGUAAACAUACCAAUUUAAACAAAACACAAACACGUAAAUCCCUUUAGAAGAAUCGUAUAUUGGUAGUUAUAAAAUUUGAAAAUUUUACUCAGAAUAUAAACAGCAUACACACAUUUUCACUCAUUACAGAAGAGUAAGAAUUAUUAUAAAAGCGAAAGGAAAAUAAAACCGUAAAAAAAAACUUAGCAGUUCAGAUCCCGGAGUUGGAUGGGCACUCAUCAGAGAGCUCUCUGGUCGGGAUCUUGUUCAAAUCUAUGUGUAGUUGUUAGAUUAGUAACAUGUCACAUAUUUAUGCCGAAAGAAAGCAAAUCCAGUGUCAGAUGAAGACCGAGUAAUCAAGUGGAGAUAUUUCCUCGAAAAGUUUGACGAAUGGGACAGGAACACAAGCCAGAUAUUAAAGCAACGACAAAGUUCGGCGUAGCGGAAAUCAUUUGUUUAAGUCAGUGAGAAUCGUAUGGAAAUUUUGCCCACCAUAUUUACAAAACGAAGUAUUGACACAGACGAAAUACGAUCAAUUAAAUUGUUGACAAUGUAACAUCAAUGUAACAUGUCAUGCAUUUCAGUUUGCUCAUUUGUAAAUACUUCCUUUCGUUUUCAAUCCAGAUCGCAGUGCAAUUGUGUUUUAUUUGUGUAAGUUAGCAUUUAAUCUGUAAGUAAAUUUUUGACAGUUGUCAAUACCAUCCGACUACAAACGUGACUCACGAUUUUUUAUUAACACGAAGAGAAAACAUUUAUUCGACCUAUAUAGAACUCUCACACAUACUAACACAUUUACUUAUCGAGGACCAGUGUCUAGUUUUUGGGAUACUUUUUCUUUAUUGGAAACUCGUUGAUUUUUCGAUGCUAGUCUUAGUGAUCAGUGAAAUUUUUGUAUUUGAGGAAAUCUGAUAUAAGUGAAUUAAAAAAAAAACAGAAAAUACCACUUUUAAAACUAACAUUUAGAACUGAAAUCGAACGGCCAAACUUAACCUGUCGAAGGUAAACCUAGACGAAAAACCAUUCCAUCAGCUCAAAACAAGUAGAAAAU